GCCCAAGCAUCCACCGUCCGACCGAGCGAGCUAAACGGCCACCGCUGAAGGAACCCGCAAAGGAACCGUUGCCCUUGGAGAAGGAGUUUUGGUUGGGGUUCCGGGGUUGAGAAGGAGAGCUGUAUAGAGCGACGCGAUUGGAGCCAAGGAUGAGGUGAGAGAUCUGAUGAGUGGCCGACAGAUGGAGAACACAGCAUGGCAGACCAUCUUUCCGCCGCGCUGCCGCCCUGGACAAGGAAUCUGCAGUUGUAUGUGUCUCCAGCCAUCAAAUCCAUGCUGCUUUGCCAUCAAAUCCAUGCCCUCGGUGUCGCUUCUGCAGUCGGUGCCCGCCUGCUUGGCUGGCCUCGUGCUGCUGUUUCGCGUGCAGAUCCGGCGGAGGGGUUGGCGACGAGUUCGAGAAGGGAGGACGAUCCGUUGGGGAAGCCAUCGAAGCCUCGAAGCGUCGAGUGCACCCUCCGCGCGGCGAAGCUGCGGUAGACGUGAAGACGCUCCGCCGAAGGCAGCAGAGGAAGUGGUGCAGAAGCUCCAAGCGAUCGGUUCACGAAACUUUGAGGACUGUCUUGAAACCAUUUUGCUACAAGUGAGGCGCUCCAAGGCAAACCUUCAGCCCGUCUUGAGGGGUCUGUGCCAGCAAAAGGGAGCAGCGAGACUAGUGUAUGCUACCUUGGAAGCAAUCCAGGAAGAUGGUAGCAUAGAGCUAAAUGCGUCAAAUUACACCAUCGGAAUAUCAAGCUGUGCGAGAGCAAACGAGUGGCAGCAAGCAUUGAAGCUAUUUGAGGCCAUGCCUACUGCCAAAGUUCACCCUGACGUGAUCAGCUACAGUGCGGCCAUCAGUGCCUGUGAGAAGGGCGGACAGUGGCCAGAGGCAUUGAAGUUGUUUGAGGCCAUGCCGGAAACGAAAGUUCAGCCCGAUGUAAUCAGCUACAGUGCUGCCAUCAGUGCCUGUGAGAAGUGCGGACAAUGGCCGCAAGCAUUGAAGUUGUUUCACGCCAUGCCCAAGGCAAAAGUUCAGCCAAACGUGAUCAGCCAUAAUGCGGCAAUUAGUGCCUGUGAGAAGGGCGGGCAAUGGCAGCAAGCAAUAAAGUUGUUUGAGGCUAUGCCUGAGGAGAGAGUUCAGCCAGAUGCGAUCAGCUACAAUGCAGCCAUCAGUGCGUGUGAGAAGGGUGGAAACUGGCCAGAAGCAUUGAAGUUACUUGAGGCCAUGCCCAAUGUGAAAGUUCAACCCAAUGUCAUCAGCUACAAUGCCGCAAUCAGUGCUUGUGAGAAGGGCGGGCAAUGGCAGCAAGCAUUGAAAUUGUUUGACACAAUGCCCAUGGCCAAAGUUCAGCCUGACGUGAUCAGCUGCAGUGCAGCCAUCAGUGCUUGUGAGAAGGGCGGGCAAUGGCAGCAAGCACUGAAUUUGUUCGAGGCCAUGCCCAAUUUGAAUGUUCAGCCCAACAUGAUCACCUACAAUGCAGCCAUCAGUGCUUGUGAGAAGGGCGGGCAAACGCAGCAAGCACUGAAGUUGUUGGAGGCCAUGCCUGAGGUAAAAGUUCUGCCUGACGUGAUCAGCUACAAUGCGGCAAUCAGUGCCUGUGAGAAGGGCGGAAGGUGGUCGGAAGCAUUGAAGCUAUUUGAGGCCAUGCCCAAAGUGAAAGUUCAGCCCAACUUGAUUAGUUACAAUUCUGCCAUCAGUGCCUGUGAAAAGGGCGGGCAAUGGCAGCAAGCAUUGAAGUUGUUUGAUGUCAUCCCGAAGUUGAUGGUUCAACCAAACAUCAUCAGCUACAAUGCAGGCAUCAGUGCUUGUGAGAAGGGUGGGCAAUGGCAGCAAGCACUGAAUGUAUUCGAGGCCAUGUCCAUCGUGAAAGUUCAGCCCGAUGUGAUCAGCUACAAUGCAGCCAUCAGUGCCUGUGAGAAGGGCGGACAGUGGCCGGAAGCAUUGAAGCUGUUUGAGUCCAUGCCCAAGGUGAAAGUUCAGCCCGACGUGAUCAGCUACAGUGCGGCAAUCAGUGCCUGUGACAGGGGCGAACAAUGGCAGCAAGCACUGAAGUUGUUUGAGGCUAUGCCCGAAGUGAAACUUCAGCCCAACGUGAUCAGCUACAGUGCUGCCAUCAGUGCUUGUGAGAAGUGCGGACAAUGGCAACAAGCAUUGAAGUUGUUUGACACCAUGUCCAAGGCGGAUGUUCAGUCCAACGUGAUCAGCUACAAUGCGGCAAUUACGGCCUGUGAGAAGGGCGGGCAAUGGCAGGAAGCAUUGAAGUUGUUUGAGGCGAUGCUCGAGGCAAACGUUCAGCAAGAUGUGAUCAGCUUUUGUGUGGCCAUCAAUGCCUGUGAGAAGGGCAGACGUUUGCCGCAGGCGCUGAACUUGUUGCAAGGUCUUGAACUUCAAGCGGGGCUGUUGUCCAAGAACCCAGGUUGAAUUUGAUGAAGACGGACUUGCCAGCCGCCUUCUUCCGUGUUCGAGCCAGCUUCAAGGAUGUUUCUUUUUGACACGGACAUGUGUUGAAGCAGUUAGCACCACUUUACUACCAAUCAGCCCCCCCUUCGAGGGACGUGAGCGCCAGUUCCAAUCCAUUUCUGUAACUCAUGGAGAACAUUGAGAAACUCAUCUCGCUGCCCGCCUGUCACGGGCAAGAGAUGGGCAUCACGGCAUCAGCUGUUGGUUUAGCAUCACUUGUGAUUGGCACUUCGAUGCACGGAAUGCAUGCAUGCUGUGGGGGCCAAUCUCAUGAUGUGUGCAGUGCUGAAGCUGGAAUGGAUACAAAAGCACCGUGCUUCGUUCGCUUCGAAGUGACCCCCGCACUGAAUCCAGGCAAAGUUCGUUCAGUUCGUUCGUUCGUUGGUUCGGCCCG